AACGUGAGAAGUUGUUAUAAAAGAAAGAAAAGAUAAUUAGAUUUAAGUCCUUGAAAUGGAGGGAAUGAGAAAUAUAGAGAAAAGUUAGGGUGGUAUGUGAAAAGCGAGCAAACGCGAGCUUACUUUCUCUCAUCUUCUUCUUUGAUUGUCUCGAGUACUUUUAUGCAUUCCUUUUAAUGUUUGUUUAUUUUCUCAUCGAACUUUGCGCAUCGGUCUCGCUAUCGCCGCCGUGAUUGCUUGUCGUCGGAGCUCUCAAGCUCCCGCAGGCCGGGCUAAUCUUGCAGCUCAGCUCUCUUCUUCUUCUCUCUCUCUCCCCAUUCUGCCACCGGAGCUGUACGAAGAGUUGACCGGGAUCGGGAUGGGAGGCAGGGCGAUGCGGGGAUUCUCGGUUAAGGCAGAGGGUUGAGAGUAGCGGCGGAGUAAUCGGAGACCGUAGGAUGAAAGGUCCGCCGAGUGGUGGCGUGGGAGCAGCCGUAGCAGCGGCAAAUCCGCUGGAAGGGGAGAAGAAGACGAUAAACGCGGAGCUAUGGCACGCGUGUGCGGGACCGCUGGUGACGCUGCCGGCGGUCGGAAGCCUCGUGGUGUACUUCCCCCAGGGCCACAGCGAGCAGGUUGCGGCUUCCAUGCGGAAGGACAUAGAUGCUCACAUUCCAAACUACCCGAAUCUUCCCUCUAAGCUGAUAUGCCUUCUUCACAGCGUUACUCUGCAUGCGGAUGCAGAGACGGAUGAAGUUUAUGCACAGAUGACACUUCAACCAGUUAAAAUAAAUGAUAAGGAGGCUUUAUUAGCAUCAGAUCCCACUCUCAAACCACAUAAGCCACAGACUGAAUUCUUCUGCAAAACUCUGACAGCAAGUGAUACUAGUACACAUGGAGGUUUCUCUGUUCCCCGACGAGCCGCUGAAAAGAUUUUUCCUCCUCUUGAUUUCACUAUGCAGCCUCCGGCUCAAGAACUUCAAGCCAGAGACUUGCAUGAUAAUUUGUGGACUUUUCGCCAUAUCUAUCGGGGUCAGCCAAAAAGGCAUUUGCUGACAACUGGUUGGAGCUUGUUUGUGAGUGGAAAGAGGCUUUUUGCUGGUGACUCUGUCUUAUUUAUUAGGGAUGAAAAGCAAAAUCUUCUCUUGGGAAUCAGGCGUGCUAACAGGCAACCUACGAACCUAUCAUCAUCAGUCCUGUCAAGCGAUAGCAUGCACAUUGGAAUUCUUGCUGCAGCAGCCCAUGCAGCAGCAAAUUAUAGCCCAUUUACUGUAUUUUACAACCCACGUGCAAGUCCCUCAGAAUUUGUCAUUCCUCUAGCCAAAUAUCAAAAGGCACUUUUCAGUCAUUCAAUUUCCCCUGGCAUGCGUUUCCGAAUGAUGUUUGAAACAGAAGAAUCGGGAACAAGAAGGUACAUGGGCACGGUUACUGGUGUUAGUGAUCUAGAUCCCGUGAGAUGGAAAAACUCACAGUGGCGUAAUUUGCAGGUAGGGUGGGAUGAAUCUGCAGCAGGUGAAAGGCGUAAUAGGGUUUCAAUCUGGGAGAUUGAACCUGUGGCAACUCCUUUCUUCAUCUGUACCCCACCAUUUUUUAGACCGAAGCGCCUUAGACAACCAGGAAUGCCAGAUGAUGAUACAUUAGAAGUGGAAAGCCUUUUUAAAAGAGCAACACCCUGGUUGGGUGAGGAUAUCUGCUUCAAGGAUUCACAGAAUCCCAACUCUAUAAUGCCUGGUUUGAGUUUGGCUCAGUGGAUGAAUAUGCAGCAGACUUCUACACUUACAAACCCUGCUAUGCAGCCUGACUUGCGGUCACUAAGUGGACCUGUUGUGCAGAACUUUGGUAUCACUGAUCUUUCAAGACAGUUGGGUCUGCAGGCACAACUGUUGCAGCAAAACAGUGUCCAAUUCAAUGGCCCGAGAUUGCCUCAGCAAGCCCAGCAAGUUGACCAACUAUCAAAAGUGUCUCUGCCACUGAACCAAUUGAACUCUGUCAACAGGCCACAGCAGCAAUUGCAAGACAAUGGCACACAGCAGAGGCCGCAAUUAGUCAAUCAAGCAUUUCCUUUAAGUCAGACUCAGAAUAAUGUUAUACAAUCACAGGUUCUGAUCCAGACCCAAGGUCAGCAACAACCAUUGAACCAGGGAAGUCAGGCAGUACAAAACAACCUCCAAAAUAACCAGCUACAACAACAGCAGCCGCAGCAGCAGCUACAACAGCUGCAGCAACUGCAGCAGCUCCAGCAGAAGCAACAGUUGAUGCAGCCUCAGUCACAGCUACAGAAUAAGAUGCCCGUUCAGCUCGCAAAUGUAACCAACCAGCAGUUGCAGUUACCUGAACAUCAAAUUCAAUUGCAGUUGUUACAAAAGCUCCAGCAGCAGCAACAGCAGCAACAACAGCAGCAGCAGCAGCAGCAGCAGCAUUUGCUCUCAGCACAACCCACUCCGCAGCAGCCUCAAUUGCAUCAAGUACAAGAGCAACAAAGAUCACUUCUAGAAGCACCACAGAUUCUAUCCAGUCCCAAUUCACUUCCUCAGCAACAAACAAUACCUCAACAGCUUUCAAAAGGUGCUCCAAUUGGUGUGCAAUUUACUCAAAUGCCUCAACACCAAUCACAGCAAAAACUUCAGCAACAUCAAGGCCUACUGCCUGAUCUGCCAGGGACCAUUCUUCCCCCAUCCUCAGCCAAUCUUCUCCCAGCAACUGGAAACUCUUUGCUAGCAGCUGGAGGAGCGCAAUCAGUGCUCACAGAUGAUGUCCCAUCUUGUUCAACCUCACCUUCCACGAACAACUGUGUUGUUAUUCCCCAGCAAGUCUUGAAUAGAAGCCAACAAAGGAAUGCAGUUCCUACAGAUAACACCCCUCUACCAGCUGCUACAAUCCUGAAUCCUUGUCCUCUUGAUGUGUUGGCUUCUAGUCCUAAAGCACACAAGCAGAUGUCUAAAUCUGAAAGUAACGUGAAGCCAUCGAUUUCAGUCCCGAAGCUACAAAAUCAUGGCGUGGUUGCUCCACAGACAUAUCCAAACAAUGGAAUUCAGAUGGAUUAUUUGGAUACAACCUCCUCAGCUACUUCAGCUUGUCUUUCUCAGGCAGAUGGCUCUUUACAGCAAAGUUUUCCACUUUCUUCAUUUAAUCAGACAUCAAUAUUCAGAGAUGCGGCCCCAGAUAGUGACCUCCACGCCAAUGAUCUGAGGAAUAAUCUACUUUUUGGUGUUAACAUUGAUGGGCCAUUAGGAAUACCCCUGACUACUGAACCAUUGUUGGCAAACAGCAUUGAUUCAGGAAAGUAUCAGGGGCAUAUGCCUGGAGGCAUUAUUGGCAACUAUAGCACUUCAAAAGAUGCUCAGCAGGAGUUGUCAUCAUCUAUGGUUUCUCAGUCAUUUGGGGUUCCAGACAUGCCAUUCAAUUCCAUUGAUUCUACAAUGAACGAGAGCAGUCUGUUGAACAGAAGUUCUUGGGCACUGGCGCCUCAAUAUCAGCGCCGGACGUACACCAAGGUGUACAAACGUGGAGCCGUCGGUAGAUCAAUAGACAUCACUCGCUACUCAGGCUAUGAUGAUCUGAAACGGGACCUUGCUAGAAUGUUCAGCAUAGAAGGACAACUUGAAGACCGGCAAAGGAUUGGCUGGAAGUUAGUAUAUGUGGACCAUGAGAGUGAUGUUCUUCUUGUUGGUGAUGACCCUUGGGAGGAAUUUGUGAGCUGUGUCCGGUGUAUCAGGAUACUAUCCCCGCAAGAGGUGCAACAGAUGAGCUUAGAUGGUGAUCUAGGGAACAACAUCCUUUCUAAUCAGGCCUGUAGCAGCUCAGAUGGUGGAAAUCCAUGGAAGGGCCAGUGUGACCAGAACUCUGGCAACCACCUUUCCGCUGGCUCAUUUGGCCACUUGGAAUGACCAUCCUUUGGUGGUGACCAACAAAAUUGAUCUCCUUAGGUUAAAUGUUUAGUGUGGCUGGCCGUCCUCCCUGUCAACUGUUGAUGAUUCAAGGAUGAUAGCCAACCUCAGCUAAAGCUGAGCCCUACUGCCACAUUUGAGAACAAAGCAGUGCAACUGCAAAAUAGUAUUGGCUUGUUUGAUAGUUCUUGUAUGAUUAUUUGGGCAAUAGGAGUUAAAUAGUUGGUGAUGAAACAUACUGUUGAUAGGUAAAUCAGGUGCGCUUAUAGAAUGCCUCUGAUGAUGUUUACGGCCGGUCUCUUUUUAGUUAAUACUGUGUUGACUGUAAGGAAGCCAAAGCAGUGUAAGAGUUCUCUAAUGUCUAUAUGUCCAGCUUAUCUAUUCAAACUCUUUGUUAUGACACUGACUUCAUGAGUUUGGGAAUGCGAGAAUAGAAUGAAACAAGCUAUUUGUCUA